AUGGCGCCACUCCAUCGAUCGCUGCUUUGGGUCGCGUGGGUGCGCCAGGGCUGUUCGCGACUAGUCUUUCCUCGGCGCGAAUUCGCCUCCAUCGUUGAAGGCCCUUCACCAGAGGGCGAAAAUGCCCCAGAUUCCACGGCGCUGGACAUGCCAGACGUCGCCGAAACCCGAUCCCCGCCUCCGAAGGGCCUAGCCGCCUUGCGGAUCAACGAGGGUGGCAAUAUAAAUCGAGCAAACCUUCUUGGAACGGUAGCUGAAUUGAAGUUGUUAGAUCGUCUCUCCAAGCCGGAGCAGCAGUGGGCGACAAUGUUUGUGCGCACCCGGAUCCCAAUUCUGGCGAACUCGUACUCGUCAGAUGCUGUUGACACAGAGGAGUCCAACAGUGUGGAGUACCGACUCUGCACGUACUACAACCGCGUGCACGUCUUCGAUCGGAGACUGCUGCCGUUUGUGAAGCGUCUGCGACCCGGUGAUCGGGUCUUCGUGACCGGCUUCCUCUCCUACUACAAGCCGACGCUGACGUCGAGUCCCCCAGAAGUGGCGAAGGUCCGCAAGAUCGGAGCCGUGGUUGCUGAACGUCUCGUGUUGCUCGGCUCCUCCGGCGAGGUCUUCACCACUGGCGAUGCACUUGAUCAUCCUGUCGAGUAG